AUGAACAAGACAACCAACGCUGUCUCGGAAGGCUCGGGUGGUGUAGAACCGCAGUCACGCUCUGCCUCGCAGCGAAGCGGGUGGUCCGACGAUGUCCCCAAGAAAAUUGAUCUAGAGCACGAUCGACAGAGCAUAGCCGCUUGGCGACAGACCAAAUUGAAUAAGAUUAUUCUCGAGGACGCGAGAAAAACAUAUGUUUCCCGGGAAGACCAUCGACUAAUGCUUAAGCAACUCAUCUCCACCGCGUACUUUAAAGACAAGGAGCGCAAAGCUAACAUUGAUAAAUGGAAGCGUAUUGUGCUAGCUGUUGAAAAGGAGUACAUUGGUGCUAACGCCCUCUUUACACUAUCUCCUGACCCGUACCACCAAGUGUUGGCGAAGUUGUCCUCAAUGAUGAUAUGGAAUGAUGAGGUUCGUCAGUGGGGCUACGACUACUGUACAGGGGAAAUUACAAGACGCCGUGCACAUCAUGUAGAAGUACUUGCGCGUCUCAAAAGUUCAGGAAAAUUGUUUUUGAACUAG